AGCACUUAGAUUUUGAGAAAAGGCAGUGGCUCUCACAGGCGUUUUCCAGUAGUUGAUUCUCUGGGACUUUUACUCUUUUCCAGCCUCCUGUCUGCUACGCCCACUUUGCCUUCUCCAGCGACAAGGUGUGGGGUGCCUGGGGCCCUGGAGAGGGGUGCACUGUGCUGUGGGAAGGAGAGCUGAAUGCUGAUCUGACACCUCCUGAUUUGCCUCGUAGCAGGGAGCUCAGGAAACAGAGCAGCUGUGUUAUUGUUGUCUGCAGUCCAAUCUCCAGGGUUUGUCUGCACAGGCCCGGGGGCUGUUGUCAGCAUCCCAGAUCAGCCGGCUCCCAGCUGUCGCAGGUUUGCUGGGAUGGGAAACCUGCUCAAAGUCCUUACCAGGGAAAUUGAAAACUAUCCACACUUUUUCCUGGAUUUUGAAAAUGCCCAGCCCACGGAGGGAGAGAGAGAAAUAUGGAACCAGAUCAGCGCUGUCCUCCAGGAUUCCGAGAGCAUCCUCGCAGACCUGCAGGCCUACAAAGGGGCAGGGCCCGAGAUCCGAGAUGCAAUUCAAAAUCCCAAUGACAUUCAGCUUCAGGAGAAAGCUUGGAAUGCAGUGUGUCCUCUGGUUGUGAGGCUAAAGAGAUUCUAUGAGUUUUCCAUAAGGCUAGAAAAAGCUCUUCAGAGUUUACUGGAAUCUCUGACUUGCCCACCCUACACACCAACCCAGCACCUGGAACGGGAGCAGGCCCUGGCGAAGGAGUUUGCAGAAAUCCUGCAUUUCACCCUUCGAUUUGAUGAGCUCAAGAUGAGGAACCCGGCCAUUCAGAAUGACUUCAGCUACUACCGAAGAACCAUCAGUCGCAACCGUAUCAACAACAUGCACCUAGACAUUGAGAAUGAGGUCAACAACGAGAUGGCCAACCGAAUGUCCCUCUUCUACGCAGAAGCCACACCAAUGCUGAAAACCCUUAGCAAUGCCACAAUGCACUUUGUCUCUGAAAACAAGACCUUGCCAAUAGAGAAUACCACAGACUGCCUCAGUACGAUGACAAGCGUGUGCAAAGUCAUGCUGGAAACACCGGAGUACCGGAGUAGGUUUACAAGUGAAGAAACGCUGAUGUUCUGCAUGAGGGUGAUGGUGGGGGUCAUCAUCCUCUACGACCAUGUGCACCCUGUGGGAGCCUUCUGCAAGACGUCUAAGAUUGAUAUGAAAGGCUGCAUCAAGGUUUUGAAGGAGCAGGCCCCAGACAGCGUGGAGGGGCUCCUGAAUGCCCUCAGGUUCACUACAAAGCACUUGAAUGAUGAGUCAACAUCCAAGCAGAUUCGAGCCAUGCUUCAGUAGAGCUCUGCUUAAAGAAGAGGAUCUGUGUGCUGACCUCAGAAGAUGUAUAUGUUUACAUAAUUUAAUACAGAUUGAUGUUAAUACUCGUGUAUUUACAUAACCAUUUCCUUCUUGUCACUGAAAUAUAUGGACCUUAAUUUGUAUCCUGACUGACUCAACCCAGCAGAGCAUAAAUUGACUUGAAAGCCUUACCUUUGAUGUUGGAAAUGAAAUCCCCUUCUCCAAAGGCAAAAUUCGCAGACUUUGAUCUUUGCUACUGGAGUCCUUUAAUCACACCUGUCACAAUCAGAAAUACUGAAUAGUUUGUGGGAGUGAUUUAAUUCUAGAUGUGUUAUCUCUCUGGGAAGUAUAGCUUAUAGAAACACGAAGUAUUUGAUUUCCUGUGUCGGCUCAGCUACAAGAAACACGACUGUUAUCCUGACAGAGGGAGAGGGCAAUCCAAGAAAAGAAAAAUGCAGGUGGAGAAUUCAGCCCAACUGUUCUGGAUUCAACACAUCCACUGUUUUUCCUCAGACUGAAGUCACACGUGCAACUUUUCUGUUGGCACGUGUUUUAUUAAUCAGCACAUUCCCUUUCUGUCUGGAUUUAUAGCCCUCUUAUGGUCCCUUUUAAUUUUGCAAGAGGAAAAUCACCUCUAUUUUAAUCAGUUCAUGAAAGAGCAGCAGGAGUGGAUAGAUGUCUAUUGCAGUUGACCUAAUGCAGGUGGUUGUCUGGGAGGUGGGGGAAGGCUGGAGGAGGGGCAUCCAGGCGACAGGACAGGUCAUCCCCCUGCGUCAGCCCUCUGCCUACAGCAACAGGGAAAUACUGCCCUGGCCUUGGAAUUUUGGGUAAAGAUUACAACCUCAGAGUGCAGGGUAUGCAGUCCUCAUGUUAGGAGCUCUGUUCUAUGUGUAUACUAUGCCCUGGGGGAAAACAAGUCUAAGGUACUUUAUCAGUUACCAGAAAACUGGGGAAUUUAGAGGAACGAAAUUCACAGUUUCUGGUUAGUAGCUGGUAUUCAAAAGGCAGUUCCUCCCUGUUCCAUUUGGCUAGCUUGCUACCAAGUGAGAGUUCUGUACAAGUACCCAGCUGAAGUCCUAGCCCAAUGAAUGGUUCACAGCAUGAUCUUGGGAAAUCUGCUUAAGCUCGCUGCAUCUCACUUUUCUCAUCUAUAAAAUGGACUGUCUCCAUAAGCUCUGGAAUGCUGGAAGCCAAUAAAAUAACUGACUCCUCCAUUUCUCCCUUCUUGAAUAGAGUCCAAUAAACAAUGGUCCACCUUCUCUUGACCACUAUUACCAUUCCAAGGCCCAUGGUAGUGCCUCCUGUAGGUCAUAGCUGAAUUGGAGUGAACUCUUGAAUAUAUUCUAUUUUGACCUCCAGUGGAACAAUGAUGAUCUGAAGAAGUGGGACAGAAGGAAAGAGAAUGACUUCUACAUGGUAAGCGCUGAAACCUGGGAUGCCUGCUGCUUGCCCCAUGUUCUUCCUGUUUCACCAUGCUGCCUGUGACUGCAUGGAACUGGACUCUUUAACAAAAAUCUCUCAGUUUGGCAUGUAUUAUCAGUUAUCUGGUUCCACGAGAGGGAAGGAGUGUCCCAAUAUUGGUGAAUGAUAAUUCUGAUCCUGGAGAUUUGCUCUGGAUUCUUCUGAGUUUGACGUCAUUCCCAGCAUCCCAAGGAAUGAGCUGCAAAAGAUCAUUGCUUUCUGGACUUCAGCAGCCUGCUCACAUUCCUGCUAGUCCUGUAAGAAGGGACUUUACGUUUUGACAGAGAAAUGCAGUCAAGUGGCAGUAAAGGUCCUCUGGUCUGUGUCUAAACGUUAGUUAGCAGCGAGAGGAAAGGCCCCAUUCUUGUGGGGAUUUCAAGCUGAGUAAGAACAGCUGCUUGGAAGGACUUUCAUCAGAACAGGCAUCUACAAAAUAGUCUCCAAGACCCUCUCACACAUAGGGACCCUAAGACCCUGGAGGACACCAACAAAAUGUGGCAGCACAAGAUGAAUGGAGUCACUAAAUAUUCCAUUCAAGAGGUCUUCUAUUUGGCAGUCCUGAUUUCUGUCUGGGCAGCGACUGUCAACAGUAGAAGGAAACAUGAAAUGUUUCUCAUGGUUUUGUCCGUUUUCCUCCUUCAUCAGGUGAGGGUAUUAAAGCUUGUAGAGGGAAGAGGACUUUUCACCCACCAUGGGAUUCUUGAGGCUCCAGAGACUUGAGCCCAAGUCAUGCAUCUCAUAGACCAUAGUUAAGUGGGAAAAUGUUAGGGAUUAUCUGUCAAAUUAUGUAUAGAUUAUAUAUAAUUUGAAAGAUAAUAUAUAUAUAUUUCAGAGUAAAUAGUUAAGCACAUUUAUAAUUUUUACUUAUACUUUCUAUUAAAUAGGACCAAACGUAUAUGAGGGGUUGCUGGCUUGUUCCGAUUAGCUAGGCCUCCAUGUUUCAAAGCCAAGAUACACCAGUGGAUGGAUUCUGGAAAGCCCCAGGGUCUGAAUUGUUGCCUCUGAUGAUCAGGAGGAUGGGUUAACUGAAUGUCUGUGAUCACCAGCAGGUGAGGGACCUUGGGUCCACACCAGAGCUGUUGUGGGAGACAUGUUCUUUUAAUAAACUGUCCGCCGGGCAUCAGGAGUCCUUCAACAAUCACUUAUUUCGUGCUGCAUGCACACAUGUCCAGGCCUUGUGGGUGGUUUAGGGGAAAGUACUAGCAACAAUGUCAAUGUUAACAAUAUUUCAAAUUUGACGUCUCAUAGCGUUCAAAUAAAUGGUGUUUUCCAAGGCUCUGAUAUUUAUUUUUGGACAAACCAACAAGGUGAAUCCUGUAUUUCUCUGAUACAUUGCUGCUUGUUCAUUAUAAUUCUUAGAAACAUUUCACACGCCACUAGUAAUUGGUAAAAACAGGUGGAAAUUGGUGUUCUGAAUUAUAGUAACUCAUUAAAUGGGAUGGAGUAUCCAUUAACAACCAGAAAGACUUGAAUAUUGUCUUUGAGCUAUUCAUUAAUAUAUAAUAUUUCAUCAAUAUUUAUUCUUGGUCAUCACCACAAUAUCAAUGCAUUAAUGGUAAACUGAGGCUUUUGAUACAUCACCACAUUUUAGUAAAAGUAAUUUCAUACAUACUAAAAAUAAUUGAAGAGUCUUCAAUCUCUGGAUCCAAGAAUUCAGAAAAUUCUUAUUCAAUCUUGCAUCGCAGAUAGCUGCAGUUUUUUUUCUAGAUCCUAAUACUAAACACUUAUCUUAAAUAAGGACACAGAGCAUUUGAACCCAACCUUCCUGCAACAUUGGUAUAAGGUGUUCACAUUCCUGAAACUGUUUAAAAGUUGUAUGCUGUUUGCUAAAGUCGCUGUAAUUUUUCUGCCUGCUUUGCCUCUUUUUGUACAGAAGUUUUGAGUGUGAAAUGGAAAUUAAAGUUUGGUACGUAUAUUUAAAA